CUACCGGAAGAUGCCUGGCAAUGUUAAUUCCAUCGGAGUUGACUUCGCCUAGGUCACCAAGCCAAUCCAAGCCUCGUACAGGAAAUGGCACCCAAUGCUACAUAUCCGGAAGAAUUCCUUCGCCAACAGCCGCUUGAACCGGAGCUAGGUCCGGAAGGAUGCAGAGCGCCGGAGGCGAGGCGGCGCACCGGCGGUGGGACACGUCGUCGUCGUCGCAGUACAGCUUCAGGACGUCCGUGAGCAGCGCCGCGGACAUCACCGCCGGCGAUGAGGUGGAGGAGGCGAGCCCGCCGCCCGUGGAGGGCAGGGUUUUCGUGGCCGUGCCCGAGGAAGCCAGGCACGGGAAGAGCACCCUGCUGUGGGCGCUGGAGAACCUGGCCAAGGACGGCGCCGGGGUCGUCGUCGCCCACGUCCACUGCCCCGCGCAGAUGAUCCCCAUGAUGGGGGCAAAAGUUCAUUACACGACAGUGAAUCCGCAACGGGUUAAUGAUCAUAGAAAGAAGGUGCGAGCAGAGGCAGAGGAGAAACUAGAUGAGUAUGUUAAGAUGUGCAUAAGGAAAAAGGUCAGUUGCGAGAAACUAAUAAUAGAAAACGAGGAUGUUGCUAAAGGGCUUGAAGAGCUUAUUUCCCUUCACGGCAUCACCAGGCUUGUCAUGGGAGCAGCUGCAGACAAACACCACUCAAAGAAAAUGAAAUCACUUAAAUCCAAGACGGCACUCAGACUGAUGGAGACAGCAGCCUCGUCGUGUAAGAUAUGGUUUACUUGUAAAGGCCAUCUUAUAUGCACCAGGGAAGCAAAUACAACUGUUCCUGCCAUACCAGCAUCACCUGUGUUCACAAAUGCAUCAAACUCCUCAGCAACCAGCGUUGUUAACCAUCUGAGAUCAGUUACAAUCAGUCAUUCACACUCAGAGAACGAGGCAUCAAGCUCAAACGGAAGUCCAAGGCAUGAUCUGAUAAGAUCGAGAACAGAAGUGGGGCUGUAUCCCUCUCUAGAAGCUAUCAGCACACCGUCUCGGCUACAUGAAUCCUAUGGCAGGCCUACAAGUACAUCAAGGAGCUCUAUAGAUUCCUGGAGUGAAUUUGGGAGAUUGCAGAACUCCUGGUCUGAUCCAUCAAGAAAUUAUGAUGCAGUCACUGUCUCUGGAUCAGCAAUGCCGCAUCAAAUGCAUGAACCUAACGAUGAGAAUUUCUCAUCCCCUUCUCAUGAGCUGGAGAAUCCAGGCGUUGAUGCUAAUAUAUACGAUAGACUCACAGAGGCUCUCAGUGAAGCUGAACUCUAUAAGAAAGAAGCAUAUGAAGAAUCAACAAAACGCCUAAGAGCUGAACGAGAUAUGAUUUUAGCUCUUCAAAAGGCAAAAGAGAUAGAAAGCUUAUAUCAGCAUGAGAUCAAGCAGCGAAAAACAACUGAGGAAACGCUUGUCAGACAGGCACAGGAGAUUGAAGAAAUAAAAACACAGCAUCAUGCUAUCUCCAAUGAACUGCAGGAUGUCAAGGAGCAGAAGUUCGCCCUAGAGCAACAAAUAAACGAGAUGGCAUCUGUCAUCAAAGAUCAUGAAGAGAAGAUGGCGGCGAACAAACACCUUCUCGGUGUGCUGCAAACAGAUAACGAGAAGCUGCAACAAGAACGAGAUGCUGCAGUGGCUGAAGCUAAUGGCUUGCGGCAGAAGAAUGACCAGAAAAUGGCAAUGCCAUUGCCAGCUGAAACACUUAAUACUGAGUUCUCCUACUUUGAGCUAGAACAAGCAACCCAAGGCUUUGAUGAGGGACUUAAGAUUGGUGAGGGUGGAUUUGGAAGCGUCUACAAAGGGUUCCUCCGCAACACAACAGUUGCUAUAAAGUUGCUGAAUCCUCAGAGUAUGCAAGGGCAGUCAGAAUUCAACCAAGAGGUUGCUGUCCUCGGUAGAGUGCGGCAUCCAAACCUUGUCACACUGAUUGGCUCGUGCCAGGAGGCGUCCGGCCUGGUUUACGAAUUCCUCCCCAACGGCAGCCUCGAGGACCGGCUCGCGUGCAUCAAUAACACGCCGCCACUGACAUGGCAGGUGCGCACCAAGAUCAUCUGCGAGAUGUGCUCGGCCCUGAUCUUCCUCCACUCGAACCAGCCGCACCCGGUGGUCCACGGCGACCUGAAGCCUGGCAACAUCCUCCUCGACGCCAACUUCGUCAGCAAGCUGGGGGACUUCGGCAUCUGCCGGCUUCUGAGCCAGUCGAACACCGCCAUGUCCAACACCACCAGGUCCAUCACCACAAAGCUCCAUCGGACGACCACCCCGAAGGGGACCUUCGCGUACAUGGACCCGGAGUUCCUGUCCACUGGCGAGCUCACGCCGCGGUCCGACGUGUACUCGUUCGGCAUCAUCAUCCUGCGGCUCCUGACGGGACGGCCGCCAAAGAGGAUCGCAGAGGUGGUGGAGGACGCGAUGGAGCGAGGGGAGCUGCACGCCAUCCUCGACCCCACCGCGGGGAGCUGGCCGUUCGUGCAGGCCAACCAGCUGGCGCACAUCGGCCUGCGGUGCGCGGAGAUGAGCCGGCGGCGGCGGCCGGACCUCGCGGGGGAGGUGUGGAAGGUGGUGGAGCCCCUCAUGAAGGCCGCCUCGCUCACCGCGGGGCGGCUGUCGUUCGCGCCGUCGCUGGGCGACGCCCACGCGCCGUCCUACUUCGUCUGCCCGAUCUUCCAGGAGGUGAUGAGCGACCCCCACAUCGCGGCGGACGGGUUCACGUACGAGGCCGAGGCCAUCAUGGGGUGGCUCGACAGCGGGCACGACACGUCGCCGAUGACGAACCUGAAGCUCGAGCACUGCGAGCUGACGCCGAACAGGGCGCUCCGCUCGGCGAUCCUCGAGUGGCAACAGCAGCUGCAUUACCGGACAUGACCAUUUCCUGAACCGGAAUGUAGCUGGACGUCAUUGGAUACUUCAUUCUAACUGUAAAUUAGUGUGCGUACAGUUUAGAGCUUCAGAAUUCAGAUUGAGAUUUUAGGGUAAAACUUCGUCCAAAUUAAGAAGGAAAAUUUAACUGGGAAAUUUAGUUCUGUGGAAAUGGUACGUGUAA